AGUCCCCCAUAACGUUGAGCCAUGCCACUGUUCCACUGUAUCCUGUCGCGAUGGACCCAAGCGUCAGGGAAGCAACACUCCCUCAGUGAUCAGGAGGAGAAAGCGGCUGAACAGGACAACUAGUGAUCCCGGAAAGGAAGUACAUUACUGCACCACCCUCACUCAAACUGAAAGCCCCAGUCCAUCUCCAAAACCCUUGAGUACCAAACUCUGUACCAUACAAGUUCAAACUGAGAGCCCGCCCCCACCUCUCGAUUCAAAGUAUUGCACUGCUCAAAUUCAAUCUAAGAGUAAACAUCAGUCUUCAGUCCUGAGUGACAAACAAUGCACAACUCAAGCUCAAAUCAUCAACUCUCACCCAACCCUACCUCCAAAUGCUGAACAGUGUGACACUCAGAUACAAACAGACUCACCGCAUCACAUUUCCCCAGUUCAUCAACCUUGCACUACCCAGACACAAACUUGCAGUCCCUGUGCUUCCCCGCCUCUGAUGGUAACACCCAGCUCAAUGCAAGUUCAAUCUGAGAGUCCUGUACCCCAAAUUGGGACUCAUGACCCUCCCAUCACCCAAAUAACUAGUGUGCCUUACUGUACCUCCCCCCCACCAACACUUGCACCCGCACAGAGCCCUGAACAUUGUGCGAAGCCAAGUUGCUCCUCUCCAACCAAGACACCUUGCACCACCCUUCCCCCACCUGUAGCACUGUCAAUCUCUUGCUCAGCUGCUCCACCAGCAGCCAUCCAACAUCCGAUUCCUUAUUACACAGUUGUGUCUCCACCAACAACCCCAAGCACAGCUGUGGUCUGUGCCACUCCUUCCACACCUGCAACAUCCCAUCCCAUACCGCACUGCACCUCCCCAAUCCCAAGCGCUCCUCCUCAAUCCCAAACCGAAGUAAUGAUUACCAAAGAAUCAUUACCUCCCCAAACAUCCCCAACUCCAACUAUAAACCCAAAUGCGACCCAUGUUGAACCCCCCAGUAAUCAAACAACAGCCCCAAAUGUAACACAUCAACAACCAAUUGAUGCAUCAAAAUGUACACCACCUACAAACCCAACACCUUGUACAUUUGUAACUCAAACUGCCAUGUCUUGCACCUCCAUAUCAUAUUAUUCCACCACACAUCCAGUUGGUCCUAAUGCCCAUCAACCAAAUUCUACCGCACCUACUUAUGCCACAUUGAUACAGACUGUAUCUCACUGCAAUAUACCAUGUAAAGCUUUGCAAAAUACCUCUGCUGCCAACACAGGAAUAACCCCCUAUUCCUCCCCAGUCCCUAAACUAAAAUCUUGCACUUCUCCGCCUCCACUUGUAAAAACAUAUGUGUCCACUCUUCCACUAGCACAACAAUGUGCAACACCAACUAAAGCUGUUCCGCUGUAUUCUUCCACAUUUCGCGCUGCACCACCAUACACUCCCCCCUCUCAGGCCUCCUUCAACGCUCAGGACAAGAGGGGCAUUCGACUUCCACCACCUCCCCCACCACCUCCCCCUUACACACCACGCAAAAAGGGAAAUGAAACACCAGGUCCUGCAAUCCGUACACCCAUGCUCAGGGCAGACAGCAAGGCCAGCAAGAAGGAUAAAGACAGGGAGAAGGAGAAAAAAGAAGAUGUAAAAUGUACAGACUCACCCAAGCUAUGUGAGAGAGCCAGCUCUUUGAAGCACAGAGCUCAAACUCCGCCAGUUGCUGUGAUGAAGGGAGAGAAGCAGUCCUCCUCCUCCUCCUCUCCUGCCAAGGCCUGUUUUAAGCCCAGCUGUCUCAGCUCAGCCCAGGCUCAGCUUGGGGCACUACACAAAAUGCUCUGCUCAGGAGCCAAUGCCCGGCCCAACACCCCCAACAGCCAACACUCUCUCCCUCCAAAUCAGCAGGGUUGCUGUGGGGGCAGGCGCUGCUCUGCUUCUGGGGAGCGACCUACAGCCGGGCCUCUGACUGCCACCCAGGCUGACACACUAAGACAGGUCCAGGAAAUUCUGGGAGGGUUGGUGGCUGGGGCCAGGUGUAAACUUGACCCGGCAAGGGUGACAGAAAAGCUCCUGAGCCCCAAUGGACCCUUACAUGAUAUCCGUAGCCUGCAGACCCAGCUCCACAGUCUCGAGGGGGUCCUGGAGACCAGCCAGAACACCAUUAAGGUCCUGUUGGAUGUUAUUCAAGACCUUGAAAAGAAAGAAGCCGAGAGGGAUGGAAGACAUUCAUACCGAACCGGACAGGACAUUGAGAACUGUGGGACCUGCAGGGACUGCGCCUGUAUCAUCUACAGUGUAGAGCACGACUUCCGUCUGCAGGAAGGGCAGGUGGUCCGCACAUGGAAGGUGGGUGACCCUCCUGAGGGCAUGCCACAGCCCCCAACACCCCAGCCCCCGACACCCAACCAACAAGACUCCCCUCAGCCGGUGCGACCCCCCGCCACCACCAAGAAGAACAGGAAGAAAUGCUUCUGGUUCCUCUGAGAACCACAAGACAGCGCAAAAGACACUUCGAUACUGUAAUGCACUGCUUACCCUUCUUAAAAAAAUACUAAACUAUGGAAAUGUGAUUAAAAAAACAAGUGUGAAGUGAAGUGGAGAAUUAAAAUGCAAACACAAAAGUGAGGUAGGAGGAAGAGUAACAAAGGUUAUGGUUUUAGCUGUUGUUGUUGGAGAUGAUGGGAUUGGUUGACUGGGCCACACAUGUUGUUACUGCUUUUAAAAUGCCUCUUCAGCACUUAGAGGUUUGAAGUAAAAGUGCUGAAGUCAAAUAAAAGCAAAAGUUCAGUCCACACAUGAGUCACAGCAAGGAAGCAAUUAGGAGGUAUAAAGAGAAUAUAUAGCGAGUGGAAGGGGGCAAGGGGCAGAGUACAAGAGGCAAUACAUAAGAGAGAUGGAGAAUAUUUAUAAAAGAUGAAACGAAUAAAGUUUAUAGGCAAAGAGAGAAAAGACAGAGAGGAAGUAUUCAUCUUCAUUUAUGGACUAAUGAGGGUCAGAACACCAGCUUUUAUAUCCAGAGACAUUUAAAAUAAUUAUUAUGACCUGUAUUUAAAACUUUUAUUAAACUGUAAUUGAUGAAAAAGAAUUACAUGUCUACAUGCACACACAGCACCCACACAAACACAUACACACACUAUAACAAACAUAUUUACAUAAAAAGCAUAUAUAAAUGGAGAAAAUGAGUGAGAUGAGUUCUGUACAUAUCAGGGCUAUUCUGCUUGGAUGCUAUAUUUCAGAUAUGGAUUACUGCUCUAUAAAAGUAUUUUACCACA